AUGUGCCUAUGGACAGAGAAAUACAGGCCCAAGACACUUGAUACAUUUGAAGGGCCGGAGUAUUUGAAGACAAUGCUGAAGAAUUCAAAGGAAAGGGGACAUCCGAAUCUUCUUCUAUAUGGACCGCCUGGGACUGGGAAGACAACGUUUGCACACCUGCUUGCAAACAAAAAGCUGGAACUGAAUGCAUCUGAUGAGAGAGGAAUAUCGGUGAUCAGGGAAAAGAUAAAGGUGUAUGCAUGUACGCUUGAUUGUGAUAAGACUGUUAUUUUGGAUGAAUGCGAAAAUCUUACUUCUGAUGCACAACAUUGCCUGAGAAGAGUUAUUGAGGAUGCAAAGAACACAAGAUUUAUAUUUAUCACAAAUUAUCCGUCUCGGGUGAUUGGACCAUUGCGAAGUAGACUUGUGAGUGUUAGGUUUAUGUUAACUGAGAGUCGAAUCCUUGAAUCUAUUGGCAAGUCUGAAGGAUUAGUAUAUGAUGCAGCCUGGUAUAAAAGAUUGUUUAUAGCAUGUGGAAACGAUCUUAGGAGAUCGAUUAAUGUUCUUCAGGGAGCUGCGCCGCUGAAAGACAUAUGUAUUGAGGAAGCGGUUGGAAUUAUUCCUAGUGGGGUGGUUGAUGGAUUCUGGAAAACUAGCAAACCAGAGGUGCAUGAUUAUGUGAAAAUGUGCCUAGUUGAGGGAUACUCUGCUCUCCAGCUUAUCAGACAGAUCUCUGGAACUGCAAUAGGAAGUGAUAAGGCAUGUGCGGAAUUUGGGAUGCAACUGGCGAUGCUUGAAUCCAAAUCAGUAGCGGGAUGUUCUGAUGAACUUAUCCUAUAUAAUCUACUGUGUGCAAAGAAUGAGAUUUUUGGUAAAUAA